ACAAAUAUGCACCUAUCUAUAAAACUUGAACGGAAAGCUACAUUUUUCACAUUCAUGUGAACACGUUUUCAACGUAUAGGUACGCAAUGGAAUGGAAAAUUACAUUAUUCAGCUUAAUUGCGCUACUCGUCCCUACCAUCAUAAAAAGUCGUCCAGAUGCGUUUGUGGAAAAAGAAUUAUACCAACCAAUCGACGUUCCUUCACCUUCUCCUAUUAAUGUAAUUCUUCCCAGAGUCAAAUUUGCCGAGACUGCAACACCCUUACAAACAUCUCAAGGGCUGAUUGAAAUAUUAAAUGUGACAAAUACAGGAAAAGUCAUUGAAAUUUACUUGAUGCCAGAUGACCAUUCAACUAUUACUGGAGGGAUUUUGGGUAAAAGAAUGUACAAAUUAGAUAAAAUACGAAUUUAUUUAAAUCAAAACCCAUUUGGUCGCAGCGGAAAUCUACUACAAUUUAUAGGUGGUCCUUUAGAACCCACUGUUAUAUAUCGAGAAGCAAAAUAUCCUACAUUGAAAGAAGCAUUGAAACAUCCCGGUGGUGUAGUACAACUUAGUUAUUGUGUCAUAACGGGCUUGCUUUAUGAACCAAAAUUCGCCCCAUUUCAAAAAACUUUGGAGAAAAUCAAGGAACCUGGUUCUUCCUCUCCUCUAAGAGGAGCCUUUUCGUACAUUUGGUUCGACCAUUUCGCACUAUUCCAUGAUUAUUUCACUUAUAGAGGAUCUUAUCAAGAUGUUAAUACUGGUAAACUACAUUACGGUAUUACACAAAUUAUUGCAUCGCCACAGAUUAUAGGAUUAUCCUUAUUUCAGUUCAAAGCUUUUCAAGAACUGAAAGGAGAUAAUGGCAAGCCUUUAGACGCUAUCGCUCCGUUAUAUCCUCAAGGGAACAGGACAGUUUUUCUGUCUAUUGGUGUUCAGCAGAAAUUGCACUUGGUAUAAGAAAUAUUCUUGUUCUGAGUAAUCCUAUACAGAAGUAGAUACAUAAAUACCUAGAUAAAUAUACUAUUAGAUAGGUAAUCAAGUUUUUAAAACUCCAAGGCUCCUGCAUCAAAUGAGAAAGUGCAGGUAUCUAGUGUUGAAAAUUCUUAUUGAUUUUGAAUGUAACUAAAAACUAAAUCUUGUAAAAUUUUUGAAGGAAUAAAUUUUUUUGGAUCUUU